CACUGCCUCCAUCUGUCUGACGUUCGCUCACACCUUCCUCUUUUAUGUCUAGAAUUUACAGAGAGCAGAGCAUUCAGCUCCGGAGUAGCUCACAGGGCAGCACAGUGGGCGCAAAGGGACAGGGGGGACAGUGAAGAGGCUGGAGGAAAGGGGGCGCCCAGGUGGGGGGUAAGGUGCUGAGGGCCAUGGCUGAGGCCAUCACCUAUGCAGACCUGAGGUUUGUGAAGGCUCCCCUGAAGAAGGCCGUGUCCAUCCGGCUGGGACCAGGCGAUGUUGAUGAAGAUGGGGAGCUCACUUAUGAGAACGUACAGGUGCCCUCAGCCCCCGGGGGCCUCCCAAACUCAGCCGCCUCUGGACUAGAGGACAAAGCAGGGGCUGUGUGCGAGCAGCCAACCACGUCCUGGAGAUUCGUGACGUCACCAGCUGCCAGGCAGAUUCUCCGCUGCCAUGCAUCCCGCACGCAGUACUUCAUUCUGAGUCUGCUCCUCACGUGCCUGCUCUUAGGGGUGGCCUCCAUCUGCCUGGGAGUUCGCUAUCUGCAGGUGUCUGAGCAGCUCCAGCAGAAAAGCAGGGUUCUGGAAGCCACUGACAGCAGCCUGAAGCAGCAGCUCAGCCUAAAGAUAAGGCAGCUGGGACAGAUGGAAGAGGAUCUGCAGGGGGCCAGGAGGGAACUGGCCCACAGCCAGGAAUCACUAGGGGAGGAAGAGAAGGCUUUACAGGCCACUAAAGAGGAGCUACAAGAAUGCAGGUCUGACAGGGAGAAGACAAAGGAGGCCCUGCAACGUGAAGAGCAGCAGAAGAUGAAUCUGGAUCAGAGGCUGAGAGAAACACAGUCCACGCUGAAACCCUUCUUCACAUGCACCUCCCCAGGGAAAAGGAUGGUGUGGUUUAAUGGAUUUAGAGAGAACAUGUCCAGCACUUUAGACACCUGCUGUCCUGUGGGAUGGAUACUGAAUGAGAGGAGUUGCUUUUACUUCUCACCUACCAAGAAAAAUUGGGAGAGCAGCCGCAACCACUGUAAAUUUCUAUCCUCUGAUCUGGCCACAUUUCAUGGAAACUCUGAGUAUAAUGCUAAUGAAGCUGUAUUAGAUGAAUUAUUACAAAGUGUUAAAGAUACUUCAUAUUGGAUUGGCCUUAAACAAAAUGGGUACUGGAAGUGGAUUGAUGGUGCCAGGUACUCCAACUUUGGCUCUAGGUAUAGCACAGGUGAAAAGUGUGGCAAGGCCACAAAAACAACGUAUUGGUCAUCAGUGAAUGAAGGGGAUUGCAAAGUUCCUCUCUUCUACAUCUGUAAGAUGCAAGCUUUUAGGUAUCCAGAUGGGGAGCACUCUUUGCACUGAGCUGGGUGUCCAGGCCAACAACAGCCUGACCUGAAGCUCCUAAGAUCACCUCACUGUCUGGACAAUGGACACUCACGUGCUGAUCCAUCCCAACACUUGACCAGCCUGCUGCCUGCUUGAAAUCCUGUACUGGACUGUGCCUGG